AAAUUUUUUGUUUUUAAUGCGUAUUUCUUGUAAUUUUGAGUCCAAUUUAUGGUCCGGAUUCUUUUUUCUUUCCGCAGUUGAUGUUGGGCACUGCAAGAAAUUUUAAGAAUGUAUUGAAGACCUAUUAAUUUUGAUGGUGAAUUAUAUAAGGAUAUUUGAUGUUUUAAUCGGUGCAUAUAAGUCGAGUUUUGUUGGAAGGUUCGGAAUCACUAUUUUUCCGUGAAAUUUCUUUGAUUUUUUAAUAGAGAGGAGAACGGAGAUUGCCAAGAAUCGAAUUCAUCCAUUCUUUCCUUCAAAUCGAUGUUUUUCUUGCUAUUUCAUGCUUGCUGGUGAUUCCGUCGCCAUGGAAGCAUACCAAAAAUUUACAAUGGUUUCAUAUUUGUUGCUAAAGAAAUCGUUUUUUGCGUAUUUUUAUAAUAAUUUCUGCUUUCCUACACGUGGAUCUCCAUUUCUCUUCCCAAAACCCUAAGCUUUCCUAAUUUUUCCCAGAUAUAUUUUAAAGCCUCUCCCGUUGCUCGAAUCACGACCCAUCCCCAUGUAAAACCGUCGGAUUUGGCUUUUUACCGUACUUUAUUUCCAUUUUUAUUGUUUUACCCUAUCCGAGUUGGGUUAAAAAUAAACCACAGCUUCCUCUCCUCCUACCAUUUCUCCCACUCCAUUAAAUUCCCUUCCUUUUCGGUGCUGAGGGGUUUGGAAGGAACGCACCCGACCAUGGCACUCUCGUGAGAAGGACAGAAGACAAGCAACCAAAACAUCAAUUUUUAUAGUACAAAGAAACGAAUUGAAUACGCAUGACCAUCCAUUGUUUGACGCACCUUCGGCGGUUAUCCCGCUCCUCUGCCGGGAGUUUUCGUAUGGUCUGGCUCAGACUACGUUACCCAACGACCUCCCCUGUGCCCGCCAUCCAUGGAAAACCCGGCCCGAUCUCCAUGGUUUGGCCUUCUUGCAAUGAAUUCAGAGUGCUCAAUUCCUGAUGAUUGCUGCAUUGCCCAAUAUUUCCCCAUUCAGAUCUCCUUCUCGUCAUCUUUUAUGGAUAUGAGGAUCUGGUGCCAUAGCUCUAAAUAAGGUGGUUUAUGAAGAAUCCAUCAAUGUGGUUUGCUUUGGAGGGAGUUGUGGAUGGAUAUGUGUAGAAUUGAGCCACCAGGGACCGUGGCGCAGCAGAAGGCAGCCCAGACGGAAGAUACUCAAAGGCCCCCUUUGGUUCCUUCUGAGAAGAACAAUGCUGCCCUGGCCACCCGCAAGCUGCGGACGAGGGAAAUUUCUUCUAGGUACAAGUCGGGGAUCUCAUCGACUCCUCUUUCAACUCCUACCACUCCGAGGCGGAGCUCGUCUCCAAGUGCCGGUCGCACACAUGCCAUGCCAGGAACUUCGCUGCCGAAGAGAUCCCAAUCAGCAGACAGGAGAAGACCCACUACGCCUUCAUCGAGGUCCUCUGCGACUUCAUCCCCCUCGUCCAGGCCUUCCACACCCUCUUCGCCGUCUUCAAGGUCUACCACACCAGUGCGUGAUGCAGUGACAGAGAUGCAUAAUACUUCACGGCGGUUGCUUAGCGGCCGGGCUCCGGAUGGCUUGUGGCCUUCGAUGCGGAGUCUGUCUGCUUCUUUUCAGUCAGAAUCUGUCUCAGUUCCUGUUACUAAGAGGGACAAGGCGGUUCCUGAUUCCUCUUCAGAUCGCACGUUGAAGUCACCAGCAAAUGUUGCAGCAGAGAGGAAGAGGACUCCUCUGAGGGGAAGGAAUACCUCUGAGCAAUCAGAGAAUUCUAAGCCUUUGGAGAGCUUGCAUGCAAGGGUAAUAGAUCAACACCGCUGGCCCGCUAUGAUGGGUGGAAAGGUGUCUGCAAAUGCCUUGUCAAGAAGCGUGGAUCAUACCGAUAGGGUUAACAAAUCUGUCCCUUCGUCAAUUCCAUCUCGAGGGGUUUCACCAAGGAGAAUUCCCACAUCUGAUGUUGCAGGUAGAGGCCUCCAACACUCCUUAAGUGAGGUGGCAAGGCGACUGGCUCUUGAUGGAAGUGGAAAAGUACAGCAAAAUAUGAAUUUGAGUGUAAAUAUAUCUUCACAUCCUUCAGGAAGAUCUUUAUCAGCAACACGUCCUAGUAGGACUCAGUCAUCACCAAUUCCAGGUUUACAUCGCCCUUCAUCACCAAAUAAGGCUUUAUCAACAACCUCAGCUAGGGGAAUGGUGAGUCCGUCCCGGUCAAGACCAUCAACUCCAGGAAUGCUGAGUCCAGCUAGAUCGAGACCGUCAUCCCCCAUGUCAUCAACUAGCUGCACGACUCCUCAAGCAGGCAUGACAUCCUCUGUUUUCAACUAUAUUGUUGAUAUGCGAAAAGGAAAGAAGAAUGCAAGCCACAUAGAGGAUGCACAUCAGCUGCGGUUGCUGUACAAUAGGGACCUGCAGUGGCGCUUUGUCAAUGCCCGAGUAGAUGACACUCUAUCCAUUCAGAAAAUGAGGACAGAGAAUAUUCUAUACAGUGUGUGGAAUACUACUUCAAAACUGCGUGAUUCUGUUAUGAUGAAGAGGAUUGACGUGCAGCAGCUGAGACAAGAAUUGAAGUUGGCCAUGAUAUUGAGAGAACAAAUGGGAUACCUUGAAAACUGGGUGGCAUACGAAAGAGAACAUUGUUGUUCUUUGUCAGGGGCAGUUGAAGCUCUAAAGGCAAGCACACUACGUCUUCCAGUUACUGGAGGUGCAAAGGCAGAUAUGCUUUCUGUGAGGAAUGCUGUUAGUUCUGCAGUUGAUGUUAUGCAAGCUAUGGGAUCCUCUAUCUGUUAUUUGUUAUCGAAGGUAGAGGGUACAAAAGCUCUGGUUUCUGAAUUAUCAGCUGUUGCAGCCAAAGAAAGAGCGAUGCUUGAUGAAUGUAGAGAAUUAUUAGCUUCAGCAGCAGCAAUGCAGGUGAAAGAGGCCAGCCUUAGAACACAUCUCAUACAGUUGAGACAGCAUGCAUGUAAGCUGGAGUAGCGCAAAGCAACAUCCAAUGAUGAUGAGAGCCCAGUGCUCUCUGUGGCUAACAACUUACAAUUGGUAGAGAUCACAACACCUGUUAGGCUCAGUCACUGUAAAUUUGUCUUCUGUGGAUGGGCACAUUCAUAUUGUUUCUUUCUUUUUUCUUUUUCUUUUUUUUUCUCUUUGUUCUCUUUUCCUUUCAAAGGGCUGCGGGCUAUAUUCUUUCCCCAUGUAAUUUUUUAAUCACUCACAUGGAAAGAAAAAAAAAAAUGCUGUGGAAUUGAAAGCCAAAGGUCAAAGGAGUCUAGCUUCCCUUUCAUCAAGAAAAAGGGUAAAGGAGUAUAGCAGAAGUGCAUGUGCUUAUGUGAACACUAACUACAUACGGUUUAUGACCUCACGAUGCCUGUAGAAGCCCAGGAUAGCGGCUAGCUGAGAGUAUAAUUAUUCUGAUUGCACUUGGCAUGCACACCAUGGCAUUGAGUUCUUGGAUGAUGAUUUACGAAAGGGCAUCUGGUGGGCAGGGAUCUUGGUUGCAGGACAUUGUUCGAUCCCAAAUUUUGAGAUGGAACCUGUUUUGGCAUUGGAUGACUGGUUUUGCAAUCUUACACUUGCUGAAUCCAUCAACAGUUAACCCCAUAGGACCUGGUUGCUUAAGUACUAGACAUAUUGGCGAGGAUUUGUUUGCAGCUACUGUUGUAGUUAUAUUUUCUUUGAAGUGUGUCAAAGGUUUGCAAAUUGGUCAACAGAAAAGGCUGCCGUUUUUGCUGAUUUGAAACCUAGAGGUAGUCUGCUCCUCCAUUUUUGGUGGUCUUUUUUCUUGGUGGAAUAAUGGUGGUUCUCUUGCUCCACAGUUGAGCUUAUUUUGAUCUUACACUUUGGUUGAAUCCAUUGGCAAAUGUUUGCAAAUGGGUUGACAGAAAAUGCUGUUUUUGUUACUGAUUUUUUUGUUGAGGGGUGGAAUAAAGGGUCUUCUCUUGCCACGCAUUAA